AAAAAUGACAGUCUGGAACUUUUCCGUUUUGGGCAAUGCCCUCUGCUCCUACGAUUCGCCGAGCAUUAGAGUUUCAUUUAAGCUCAUUCAUGGUUGGUAAAUUUAUAAGCAGGUGAAAUAGCUGCUUGUAUAGGCAAUAAAAUCGGCAUGGUCCAACCAGUCGCUUUACAUUAUUUUCAGAUGAUAUUGUUUGUCAGCGGUGGGAUGCUGUGUCAUGCUGUCAAACAGCGUUGAGGAGGAGGGUUAUGCCUCUUCGGGACAUGCUGUAUCAAUCGAUAAUUGGCUCAUCCUAAUUUAUCACAUCCCCAGCAGCCGAGUCGAAGCCAGUAUAAAGACCGGCCUGACACCGGUCAAGAGAGAGGACUGUGACAAUUCCACUGGCCCUCAUUGAGAGUAUUGAGAGUAUUCUUGAGAGUAUUCUUUAGGCUGAUUUUACCCGUCUAGCCUCUCUUCAAAGAAACGAUGACCAACCUGAUGAGCGACGAACAUCACUUUAUUCCCACCGCCAACACGCCCCAUUCUGGCGUGCCGUCCAUGAGGUCUCAAGAAAACAUGGUGGCGAUUGACCUUGCGCCGAAUCACGAUGUACCAUGCUUCUAUAUGAAUUUCCAGUCCCCUUCUGUGUCGGCUGCAAUGUUGAGCCAGGGCCACGUGACUCCCCCAUCAUCGACUCCAGAUCUGGGUGGCUACACGGAGGACGACUUUGCCUUGGAUUACACUUUCCAUUCCCCCCCUGUCUCGGCUGCAAUGUCCAGCCAGGGACAUUUGACUCCUCCAUUGUUACUUUCAGAUCUGGAUGGCUACAGUAAGCACGACUUUGCAACAGUGAAUUGCAAUCUGCCUGUCAGGGUUGCUGCGAAUAACGCAAAGCAAAAGAGGCGCCUGCAAAAUCGGGAAGCACAGCGUCGAUUCCGUGCCCGCAACGAGAAGCACACCAAGGGUCUACAGAAGGAACUGGACGAUUUGCGCAUGGAGAACUGUAAACUGCUGAAGGAACACAAGAAAAAAGUCGACGAGGUCUCUCACCUCCACGAGAAGAUCAACGACAUGAACAAGGAGAUGAAGGAGUUGAAGGAGGUGAGGGAGAAGAAGGAGGUGAAGGAGAUGAAAGAGGGGAAGGAGAUAAAAGAGGGGAAGGAGAUAAAAGAGAUGGAGGAGACGAAGGAUAUGGAGGCGAAGUUCGACUGCGACAUGACGGGACACUGCCAGUGUUGUGCACGCACCAGGACCCCUACGUGCCUUCGACCCACCGAGAUCGUGUGUAAGAAGGUUUCGAGGCCUGGGGGUCCUGAGAACACAGCCAAGGAGGACGAGUGUCGUUUAGGCUACGGUGUUGUCAUACAGAUUGUCCCCGCAGAUUACAGACACUCUGAGCACUCUUGUCGCAAAAGAGUGAAAGUGACGGCCGGUGGAGACACAACGGAGACCACGGCUGAUGAGCGAAUGACUAAUAAUGGACCAGAGGGGAAUAUCUUUGUGCUUUCACCAUUGAACUGUACUUAACUAGUGAAUGACACAUACGUGCUUUCGCUUUGUAAGUGCCAGUUCAUUUUUCGCCAUAUCUAUGUCUCCACCCUUCGUCACGUAUUUUUUUUUUGUCUCUCUCUCUGGGCCAAGUCGGCCAAACUGCAGCCCUCUUUCGAAGGUUUUGUCGUCCACAUGUGCGUCUUAGCGGUUUCGCGCAUUCGACCGUUCAACUUGGUUGGAUUUGGCGUAUUGGUAGAAUUUGAGUUAGG